CGGUGUCUGUCGGAAUGUUCCUGAUCCAUCGCGAAUCCAACACAGAAAUAGUGAGAGCCGCGAUUCAGUCGUACUGGGAUGGUGUAGAGGCAGAUUUUCACAAAGACUUUAAAAUGUUGCAAGAUUUGAAUGAAAGCGGAAACGGUAUUCCUUUAAGAAGGAGACUCCGUGAAGCACCUGAUGGCAGGACACCGGAAGAAAGACGCAUACUCUCAAAAUUGCUACAGAGUGCGGAGUUCGUGGAGUAUUGUACGGCACUAUAUGAUCAUUGUAACGUCAAAAACAAGGGGGAGCCAGGCCCACCAGGAGAGAAGGGAAAUAGAGUGGACAUUUCUCUUUGGUCAUCAUUAGUAGCAUGUCCAGCUAGAGAGCAAGCGAAAGGUCACAUCAGAGGUCAGGGUAUGUUCCUCACUCUUACCUAUUUUACGUCUAAAAAUAAAGCCAUUUGUAACCUCCGAGCUGUUGUGUUCAGUGCUGCAUCUUAG